GCAUAAAUACAAGCAAUGGCGGAAAUGUUGGAGAUUGGAGGGAACUGUACUCUACACAUUCCCGUCUCCUUUCUCCCUCUUCUCCCUCGUUUUCUCUUAUACAAUUCGAUCAUGUCUUUCCAUCUCUGAAACCCUAUUUUCCAUUCUUCCCCAUGUCUCGCAGAGCCCUAGAUUCCCGCCAAUCCAUUGACUCCUGUACUCUCAAGCUCCAUGGUUGGAGCCCUUUCCACCUCCCCAAAACCCUAGAUUCCGACACCCAUUCCUCAGCUCCCACCAACUCUAAACCCUACUACUCUUCCACUCCUCUCCACACCAAGCGCCCUUGUCUCUCCGAUCGAACUACCUCUUUCAAUGUCGACGCCAUUGACAUGUCCGCCCUCAGUUUGAUUGACGACGACAAGCCUUCUAUUGCCGCUGGCUGUUACACCCGUCGGAGCUUGCGAUUGAUUGCUAGGAAGCGGCGCCGACGUGGGUCUAGGUCUGUUUCUGGGCGGAGUAGUGAUCGGAGUGGGACUAGACGGUGUUGCUCUGUUGGGGCUUCGGCGGCUCAUGGGACUUGCUCGGAUUUUCCUCUGGCGGUUGGGACUGAUUCGAGUGGGGAGUUGUUUGUGAAUGGAGAUGCAAAUUGGUCGUCAGAUGUGAGUGAAGCGAAGAAUUCGAGGAGGGAGAGAGAGGAGAAGGAUCAUUUGGGUUCUGGGUUUGGUUCUUCUAAUGGGGGUUUUGAUGCUCAGGGGAAUGAGUCUGGAUAUGGUAGUGAGCCUGGUUAUCGUGGAGAUGGUGAAUUUGGAUAUGGUGAUGAGAUCGAUGAAGAGGAUGAGGAUGCCAGAUUGUUGCUGUGGGGUGAACGACUAGGAGAUUCUAAAAUGGAAAUUGUAGGAGAGAACACAUUUGCAGAUCAGAAAUCGCACCAUAGAUGUCGUCGUAAGAAGCACGAAUGUAGAAUGGUCGAUGCCUUGAGGUGAAGCAAACAUCAAAACCGAGCAACUAACACUGAAUACUCCUGAUGCUGAUGGUGGUCCCUACCUGCUGGUAUGCCUCUAAGACCUGAAUUUUUGAAAUCCAAAGUAAAGGUUCCCCAGUUUUGAGUCUGCUUUGCAGUUUACAGCAUCUAGAUUUUGUGGAUAGAUCCAUUGCUGCUAUGAACUUUAGAACACCACCUUUGAAGCAUCUACAACGAAGAAAACAUAAUCACAUUGCCAAAUUAUCUUGAUAUUUUCUCAGCUUUAGUUAAACUCUUUUGUAUCUGUCUCAGUGUCUUGACAGCUGUGAAAAAAGGCUUGAGUUCUCAAGUCAACUUAGUAAAUACAACUUUUGACCACUGAUUCUAUUUUC